AAUCGUUUCCUGGAGACCGCCUGCCUGCGGAAGCAGAAGCAGGAAGAAGCGCCGCUUUCGGGUUCCUCGCCUUGUCGCUCCCUCGCUAAGAAGAGACGCCGCCGCCCCGGAACCAGCCGCGUAGGUCUCCUAUAGGUCUCCGUUGUGGGUCGUGGGUCCUGGGUGGCCUUCCUGGUGAUAAACGGGGGCUUCGCAGGGAGCCGCCUUGUCCUGAGUCGGAGCACCGGCCCACGUGAGCUUAGUGUCGGCUCUGCACUAAUUAUUAUUAUUAUUAUUUUAUUUUAUUUAUUUGUACCCAGCCCAUCUGACUGAGUCGCCCCAGCCACUCUGGUCCAGCAUAUACAGAAACAUAAUAAAACAUCAAACAUUAAGAACUUCCUCAUACAGAUGUCUUCUAAAGGUUGUACAGUGGUAUCUCGGGUUACAUACGCUUCAGGUUACAGACUCUGCUAACCCAGAAAUAGUACCUCAGGUUAAGAACUUUGCUUCAGGAUGAGAACAGAAAUCGUGUAGCGGCAGCGGGAGGCCCCAUUAGCUAAAGUGGUGCUUCAGGUUAAGAACAAACCUCCGGAAUGACUUAAGUACUUAACCCGAGGUACCACUGUAUAGUGAAUUAGAGGGCCUUCCGUAGGAAGGUAAAAAAGUAAAGGACGCCUGGAAGGUUAAGUCCAGUCAAAGGCGACUAAGGGGUUGCAGCGCUCAUCUCGCUUUUCAGGCCCAGGGAGCCGGCACACAGCUUUUCAGGUCAUGUGGCCAGCAUGACUAAACCACUUCUGAUGCAACGGAACACCGUCACAAAAGGCAGAGCGCACAAAAAUGCCGUUUAUCUUCCCACUGCAGUGAAACCUAUUUACAGUGGUGCCCCACAAGACGAAUGCCUCGCAAGACGAAAAACUCGCUAGACGAAAGGGUUUUGCGGUUUUUGAGCUGCUUUGCAAGACGAAUUUCCCUAUGGGCUUGCUUCGCAAGACGAAAACGUCUUGCAAGUUUGUUUCCUUUUUCUUAACACCGUUAAUACAGUUGCGACUUGACUUUGAGGAGCAACUCAUAGAACGCAGUGUGGUAGCCUUUUUUGAGGUUUUUGGUGAUUUUUGAAGCUUUUCCAAAACUUUUCCGACACCGUGCUUCACAAGACGAAAAAUUCGCUAGACGAAAAAACUCGCGGAACGAAUUAAUUUCGUCUUGCGAGGCACCACUGUAUUUACUUGCACUGGCAUGUUUUUGAACUGCUAGGUUGGCAGGAGCUGGGGUGCCACUCCCUAGAAGGCCCUCUUGUUGGUUCCCUGUAACCUUGCUUCUCGCAGUGAGGGAACUGCCAGGAGCUCCUCAGAGGUGGACCUCCUUGUCUGGGCUGAAUGAUGGAUGUGUGUGAAGAUGCUCCUUCAGGUAUACAGGGCCGAGGCUAUGGUAGUCAAGGAUCCAGACAAGGGUGGGGCCAUUUUUGGAGGUGUCUGGGGCAGGACCAGGGACCUUCUUGCCUUGCCCAGCAAGCACUCCGCCACAGGACUAAUGAGGCAGUUUCCUCGGCUGCUAAAAAACGGAAGAAGCAGGAAAUAGGAAUAAGCAUAAAAUGCCCUACUGUUUUACACCAUGGCUGCCAGUGUGGCACCUGUGGGCUCGCAAGUGCCCAAAGAGGCUUUCCUUAGCUUCUUUUCUCUCCGGCUCCCCAAAAUUAGGCUUGAAAGAAACACUUUUUUGUAGUUGAUGGCAAUGUGGUACGUGAAACAACUCUCUGUGUGUGUAUUUCUGCAUUUUCUAUUUUACAGAUCAAAUGAAAUAAUAUAUAAUGUAUAGUGGUACCUCUGGUUAUAUACUUAAUUCGUUCCGGAGGUCCGUUCUUAACCUGAAACUGUUCUUAACCUGAAGCACCACUUUAGCUAAUGGGGCCUCCUGCUGCCGCCACGCUGCCGGAGCACAAUUUCUGUUCUCAUCCUGAAGCAAAGUUCUUAACCCGAGGUACUAUUUCUGGGUUAGCAGAGUCUGUAACCUGAAGUGUAUGUAACCAGAGGUACCACUGUACAGUAUCUCUGCAUCCAGCAUAUUGUUUUUCCUCUUCAGCAUGAAUGUCGGCGUGGCCCACAGUGAGGUGAACCCCAACACCCGAGUGAUGAACAGCAAAGGCAUUUGGCUGGCUUAUAGCAUCUCGGUGGUUCUCCUCCACAUCAUUCUUCUCAGCAUCCCCUUCUUCAGCGUUCCUGUGGUUUGGACCCUGACCAAUGUCAUCCAUAACUUGGUAGGUUAUAACUUUUAAUCAGCUUGUGAACUUAAGUUCUUUAAGGCUAUUUUUUUGCACCUGAGCCUUUAAUGCAUUCUCUGGGUUGGUGGUGGUGGACCUCAAACUCUCAUAGGCUUGCUCUGGGGACUCUUUGGGUUAUACCCCCUUCCCAGACACACCCUUCAGUGACUCUGCUUCACACCAUCCUUGACUGUUAUUGCCUGGGUGGAAUGUGUCUUUGUAUUCCAAUAGGGACCCUUGCUUGCUUGGAUGGGGGCAAGAAAUGAAUGUGUGUGUGUAGAAACUAGCCUGUUGUACAAAGGUAAUUACAACCAUGGCUUCCCUGCCCGCUUUGUGUGUUGUUCUCCCCACACCCCUGCAACACAGUCCCUGACAGCCUUCAGGCUGAAAAAAUAUUCCCUAUCCCUGCUAUACACAUCCUAAGGAUUGUAAGCGCCAUUUCUCUUUUCCACAAGCAGAGAAGUCUUGAUUGUUAUCACAGAUCAUGGGAUAUCUAUGCAGUAAAACUUGUCGUCAUUGUAUGUCAAACCUUCUUCCAUAUAAGCCUGAAUAUAGGCCUCGCUUUCGCCCUCCAAAGCUGGCUUGUAUAAAACUCGGAGUGUGACCUGUUAUUGUGCUCUUGCAUCAUUGAAGUGAUCUCAUUUUAAGGAUGCAGCUUAUGUUUGGACCAAUACCAAUACAGUGGUACCUUGGUUUAUGAACUUAAUCCGUUCCAGAGGUCUGUUCUUAAACCAAAGCGUUCUUAAACCAAGGUGUGCUUUCCCAUAGCAACUGGGGACUCAAUUUACAAAUGGAACACACUCAACAGGAAGCAAAACAUGUUCUGCUUCCAAGGCAAAGUUGACAAACCAAAACACCUACUUCUGGGUUUGCAGCAUUCUUAAUCCGAGUUGUUCAUAAACUAAGCUGUUCUUAAACCAAGGUACCACUGUAUGGAAAUUCCUCAACUAUUCCUUUUAAUCUGAGCUGCACAAGAAUCUGAGCUGAUGUCCUCUUUCCUGCUGUCCUAGGGAGAGAGAAGAAAGGCCACAAUCUUAAUUCACUUAUUUUCCACCCCGCCCCCCACCAGGCAAUGUAUUGGCUCCUACACACAGUGAAAGGGACCCCCUUUGAAACACCAGACCAGGGCAAGGAUCGCCUCCUCACACACUGGGAGCAGAUUGACUAUGGCACACAGUGGACGUCCUCUCGCAAAUUCCUAAGCAUCUCACCAAUUGUCCUGUAAGUACCAGGAAUGGCUUCGUUUGCACUGCUUUGUCUUUUACUUAAGCAGCAAAGCUUUAACUCUUUUCAUGCAGCUAAAAACAGCAUGUUUAUUUCCCUUUAGCUACAUCUUGACCAGCUUUUAUACCAAAUAUGACCCUGUGCACUUCAUAAUCAACACUAGCUCCUUGCUGAGCGUCCUCUUGCCCAAACUACCCCUGUUCCAUGGCGUGCGCAUCUUUGGUAUCAACAAGUACUGAAAGCAGUUGGAAUAUUGACUCUUCCCGAAAGAAACAGCUCUUAACUGCAAAAUCCUGAUGGCAAUGCUGCAGUCACAUCAUCUGAAGCUCUAGAGAACCACGCAUUAACUUGUGGGGUGGGCUAGCAGGGAGAGCGUCAGCUGUCCACAGAGCUAAGCAGUAUUGAGUUUUGCUUCUUGCUACGGGAUAGAACCCACUCUCCAUGCGGCUAGUCUAUAAUUAGACCGGCACCUCUUCUGGUGGAAAAGACUGAAUCCUUAGGAGGGCAUGAAAUCUCCAGGACGUCCCCUGCAAGACUUCUACUUGAGCUGCUUGUAAUCGGUGCCUGAGAUGAGCUUCUGGGAGAUACAGCUGUUCUGUGUAAACCUUUUCUGUUUUUAUAGAAUUCUGUCACACCAAAGUGUUUAUGGGGUUGUUGUUUUCAGGGUGGGAGGGCCCGGGGAACUCUUACGAAAGAAGUGAACUGUCAUGCUGCGAUGACUGUAGUUCAUGAUUCUGCUCCAUGGUUCGCUUUUUUUGGUUCAUUACCACUCAAGUGUAAAUCCUUGAGUCCACCACAUAACCUGGCUUCUGUUUUCAAAAGCGGUUUCUAAUCCUUCUGGUUAUAAAGGAGAAAUGCAAGACCGUGCUAGUGGUGCAGCAGUCAAUUAAAAAUACAGCUUUUGUCAAUGUUCCA